AUGACGGAUUUAAAAAGACACGGCACUCGGUAGCUUUAUUUUUGAUGUAACAGACUGUUCAGAAUUUUUAAAAAGGCGACCCCAAAUGGGAAGGUUCGUUGUUUUCUAUCCCACUAUUAGUUUCUUUUUCAGCUAACUGUCUAUCUCGGAAAAAGGGACUUUAUUGACCAUCUCUCGGACGUGGAUCCCAUUGGUAUUUGAGUACUCUUAUUCUGUGAUCGUCUGGUUUUUCUAUGCCACUUUCGUUUUUUGAAAAAGGAAAUACUAUGUUCCCAGAGUCCGUCCGCACCACCGUUUCUCUACGUUUCCGACUGUGUUUAUGUCGUGCUCAUUCCCGAUGUUCUGCCUCGUCACACAAGACGAUCACUGCAAUUUUCUGUCUAAUAUUAAGCAUCUGGAUAGACGACAUACCUAGAUAGUUGUCCAGGACACCGACCGUCAUAGUAUCAAUAUUUUGACAGUCUGACUUCUCGUUGUAAACUGAGGCUCCGCUUCCCGUGCUUUUAAGCACGCAUGUAUUGCCUUUAACUGGAACGUCCUAAAUCCCGUUUUGAAUCAACCAUGUGCUUUAUCAUUUAACAACAAGAUUUUAGUAUCAGUUCUAGCUUUUAAGCUCCUUUAUUUCCCAGGCAACUGCAUUCCGAAUUUUCGCAUCUCUCCCCUAGAGGGUGUUGUGCUACUCGACCCAGAAUAUGUUCACGGACGCAAGGUCUUCGUUCACCUUCUCUGUGCACUUCGCCAUGGAAAAGAAGAUGAUGUCUUUGGUCUCAACUGUCAUCGGAAUUUAUUCCUUAAAAUCAAACAGGUGUAUCCGGUCAAUUGCGACGCCACGUCUCACCCCGGUCAUUCAAAUGAUUAUCAUACCAAUGACUGCUGCUCUAGUGCUGAUGACAAUCAAGUUAGCACCGUUGGGCCAGUUCCAGAAUUUCGUCAAAUAACGCGACUACAGGAACGUCUCUUGCGAAAACUUGGCCCAAACACGUAUCCAUUUUCCUUUGAGGUAAUUUCUCUUACUUGCGGUGGCACUCUGAAUUUUACUACUGUCCUUUUUGCCUUUUGUUUCUCCAGACCUCGCCCGUUUUUACUUGAGACUUUAUGCAAUCAGCAAUGCCUAAAUUUUCAGGGCUGCAAUUCCUUCAGAAAUAUCCUUUUGAAAUAGUGCUUGCUCGAUGGUGCCUAGUAUCACAGCACACUUUCCAACUUGAAAUAAUUAAAUAUAUCAACUAAUUUCCUAGUACUUUGAGCUUUUAAUGUUUCACAGGUAUUACUCGCUGAAAUCCACAUAGUGGUUACCCAAAUAUCCGGGUGUUUAUUUGUCUCGCAUUUACAUAUCUUUAGUUUAUAUUGACCCAACUGUGAAAAACAGCACCUCGAAGGGAUCCGAGCAAAAGACAGCAUGGAGAAGGCUUUAGUAUAGCCAACGCUCUAGCUACCUGAGCUACGGGUUUCGUAGUCUAGAUGGCUAGGGCGUUGGUUGUACUAAAGGCUUCCCCUUUCUGCCGUGUGUUCGAAUGUGAUCAAGGCGCCGAGUUUUUCACAGUUGGGCCAGUAUGGACUACUCAAAAUUUGUCAAAACAUCUAUGAAUUACGUGAACCCGGUAGUUAUCUGGUGGAUUCUAGGUCGAUUACUUAGGAAAUCCUGCUUGGGCAGUCAGCUUUCUCUAUCAGAUUUGGUGGAUUCCAGACUUUGCAGUAGGUUGGGCGAGUAGCUUGACCCAAAUGUGGCUAAAUUCACGCCACCGGCUGGAGUCUCGUAACUCAGGUGGCUAGAGUUUUGACUGUACUUAAGCCUUCCCCUUGCAGUUGUGGGUUCGAAUCCCACCGAGUCGCCGAGUUUUCACAGUUGAGUCAACAUGAAUUAUUAAAAAUCUGCCAAAACAUCUAUGGAAUACCUCUAGUUAUCAUAUUUGCUAGGACCGAUUCCUCCGUUAUAUUUUCUUAGAAAAAAAGUUAGUCACUAAAAGACUUCUGGCUAUAGUUUGCCUUGCUUACUUAUUGUCCAUUGUCUCCCUCUGCAUACCUUAGAAAUUGAAAGUUUGAUCUUUUUUCGUAAUGGCCGCCGUUGAUCUUCAGCGGCUUAGCUUAGAAAUGUCAUGGAGGACAACACUACCCAAGGCUAUUUGCACUCAAUCGUCUGCACUUAGUUAAAACAUUCGAACCGAGAAACUUCACGCUCCUAGUUGUCCUUACAUUUUUCACGAUAAAUUGCAUCAGCAUUAUCGCUGUGGUCUGUUUUAGAAAAAUUUAUAUAAUGUUCAAUCCACAGGCAUCGCAACCUAGAUUUGUACAUACUGUUCGCUAGUCGUUUGUUUUCUAUCUUCUCAUAUCUUGCACCAGGAGCAUGCCAUCGCCCUUUCUUUGUCUUUGCGAUAUUUUGGUGUUUCACUCUAGCCCUAUAACAAGAAGGAUUUGAGGUGUCGGCGUUACUCGCCGGGCUGCAGUUGGUUUUCAGUCACAUGUAUGGGUAGGAUCGCUGGUGGCUAGAACAAGGCUGAUUCGUAUGUCGGACGGCUUUACUGCAAUAGAGCACAGUCUGUUAAGGUCUCGAGGGGUCGGUUGCAAGAGCUGGGCCCUCAAUGACCAUAGCCCCCAUUUUACAAACGUCAACCUUCACUCCCAUUCCUUUUGUGAACAGAAAUUCAAUUCGUUACCAUUUCCCCUUAAACCUCACACCUCGCCAACACUGCCAGUGUUGCCAGUAGUCACUGGUGGUCGUCAGCGACUUACCCAGAGUAGUUAACCGUGGACUUGUGUGAUGAUAAGGCGGCUCCGCAGGUUUGGCGAUUACGCUACUUCAAGGUGCAAAUAAAUGACAAGCGAGUUUCUAAGAUCGCAAAAGGAGCCUGAAAGCUUAAACAAAGCGUUGAUUGAAUAGAUUGGUCUGAUUUCUGCUCUCCCCACAACUGCCAUGCUAUAUGGUGCCAGCACACUUCAUAAUCGUGCAUUGAUCGCUGUAGACUAGUCUUAAGGAUACAUCCUGGUGUCAGUAUCCAAACGGACACGGGGUCAGCCAAACUAGACGUUGAAAGCUAAAUAGCUGCCGUCUUAUUUGCAGCUGUUUUUCUGGAGCAGACUUAUAUGAUCUCGUUGAAAACUUCUUCUGUAUGCAUUUGAUAAUGCCUCCUCUAACCGCUUACAGCAAGUCUGUGUAUUGUACCUCCACGCGUGACGAUUGUGGCCACUUGUCUGUAGGCUCGACUGACUUUUUUCCAUUGCCCAAAACUGACUAACGCAUGCCCAGUUAUUACGUUUAUGUCUUCGUCGACUAUCGAACUAGGUUUUUAGCUGACCUCCUGCACGAGUUCAAAAGUUCUUAGCAAUAAAAAAAUUGUUCCGGUGGUCACCACAUCCUCUUUGCUUAAACAUACACCUGGAACUCGAGCAUUCGCCUCCUGACAAGGAUGGCUUCAUCCCUGUCACCAAGAGUGGUCCCAUUUUGCCAUGGCUGCUUUAUCACAUUAUAGAGCCACGGCACCAAAAUUUUGAGAAGACUUUUAUUCUAUGUCGUAACGGACAAUAUAGGCGCAUAUUUACAAAAUCGUAGCACUUAUGGAACUAAACGAAAUACAUCGUCUACAGCGCUCGUUCGAAAAUAAUGAUCUUGCCUUAAAAGAAAGCAAGAAAUUGCUGUGGAGGUGUCAUUCCAUCGCCGAGAAGUAAUAGCUUUUAUGAGAAGAAUGUGGAUGCCAUAUUAAGAAGAGAAGUCAUUUGAGGAAAGUUGAUUUGUACAAAUACAGAGUCCAUGCCUCCGCUAACAGCUAAUUAACCAAAAGGGAAUAUGUACAAUGAACUUUUGAAAUAGUUUCAAACGUCGAGUUAAAUAUCCUCCAUGAAUUGUCGUGAUAGUCGCUACGACGUCCGACCGACCGGUUGAUGUUGGACGAAGCUAUGCACACCGAUACUGAUUAAAAUAUUUAUUUUUUGCCCUGUCCGGGGUGCACGUGACUGCAGUGAGGUUUCUUUCCUGGUUGGGGAGAUCGUAGUGAUAAAAAUUUUCUUAAGGUCACACGUCGAGAGACUGACCUCUGAAUAGCAUUGCAGACAAAUAUAAGGGAGACUGGAAUGGCCGUUUCUGGCUUAUUAGCCAUCGUCAGCCGGGCAUGCCGACACCAACGGGACGAAUGAGUUCAGUAAUGAUCGAUUAGCGCCUUCCUACCAUUGUAUAUGCCCAAUUGCAACCAACUGGACAACGAACCCGUGGUUCAGUGGUUUAGGCGUUAAACAUGUAACCAGCGGGUCGCGAGACCGAGUCCCAGGUGUUGAACACUUCGGGGUUGCGUAUGACCGGCCUACGACAGCUAAUAAGCCAGUAAUGGCCAUUCCAGUCCCCAUUGUAUUGGUCGGUAAUGCCAUUCUGUCCAUAUUAGUCGCCGCUAUCCGGCUACUGGCUGGGUUCGAGAGGGAGUCCGAAGACACAACGGGACGAAUGAGUUUUGUAACACGAUCGGUGAACGCCUCUCCAUUAGAAUGAUGACUGACAAAAACUGGAAUUUUAUUCAAAAGUGCAACCGGAGGCAGUGAUUCUGUGUAUGAGCGGGAUUUUUCCUCCAUAAAAUUGUCCUGUUCUCCUUGCCGACGCUGAAGGACGUUGAGUUUAAGGCCUUUCUUAGAAUGUUAGCGAAGGUUCACAGUUUCGACAUAUUUUUUGACCGACAGAAGAGGCAGUUCUUCUGUUUUAUGCCUACAGCAACUGUCACAUUGCAGUGUUUGAGGCCUGCCCUGUGGAAGUCGAAACCGCACCCAGUAGUUUUGGCGGUCAUGUCCAGCCGACUUCCUUGUCAUUUUGCAGUGUUUGCAGAAGAAAUAUCUGGGACUAUCUGUCCAGUCAACUGUAGGAUUUUUAUGCUGUCCCAUGCAUUGCGAGACUUCUGAAGGAUCUGAAGGGUUCAUGCAGUCGCCAAGUUAGAAGGAUGGCAUCAUCCAUCGGCUCAAGCUGUGUUGCGGUGUCAUGAUUUUGCGACCAUUUGUCGUUCGCAGACCUUAUUUCUACUAAAGGACGUCUGUACCAGAGGUACAUUUUGAUUUUUUGUGGACCGCCACUGAGUUUCUUUGUCACACAGCCUUUUGUCAUCUGAUGACAGGCGAAAACAGCUAAUACUGUGGCCGCAACUGUUUCUGCCUCCAAAGCCAUAUUUAGCUGUCAGUGCCACUGAGUGCCAUCUGUGCCUAGACGAUGGUGUUACUGACUGGCGUGAACAGUGAACAUACCCGGAAGAGCCGCUAUCUUGUUACUUGACAGCAUCAUGGACCAACCCUUGAUCCUUUUUCCUUGGCUGCCUUGUGAUCUGCGUGUUAGUCGUCUUUACUCGGCGCUCUUACUGUCAAAAGGCGAGGUUCGAUUGCACUGACACUCUGGUGAGAAUGGCAUUCGCUCACUCCAACGGGCUUUAUAACUUUAAAUAUAUGUUUUUCGGUUUCAAACGAUAACCCGUCCGAGAUUUCUUUUAGCUUCCACCGUACACGCCAGCCUCCGUCACACUCCUCCUACACUCUUCAGAAUCAGGAAAGGUUCGUCGCCGAUUCGUUAGCUUUUUGUCUACAUUUUGACAUUGUUUUCAUUCUGCAUGAACAUCCUAGAAAGAGUUUAAAGAGGAUGAACAAUAUGGGAUGGUUGAUUUUAAUGCCUCGAGUUAAACCAAGCAUCGAGCGAGUUCUGCUAACAGAGUGCUGAGAAAGUUAGGAUCUCAGUAAAUUAAAGUCUUAAAAAAUCGUCGACAUCUCCCUCACAAAUAAUUCUCCGGUUCUUCCUCCACUAUUCAUAAUCAUUGUCAUUAAUGUCGCCAGAUGAAGGCUUGACUCGGGUUAUUGUUUUCCCCUUCACGCAAUAAACAAAAUAAAGGGCUAGCUUAUGGAAGGCAGCUAUGCAGCUACGGCAGCCAAAACGUCCCGGUCUGGUCCUUUGGGCUCAGGGUUGGUUUGAAUAAGAAGAUGGGCUCACCGGAACGGGUUUAUUUAGGUGCCGACAUUUCGAAGAGCUUGGUCGGCUCUCCAUUGUCUUAGCGUACAAUGCACUUAAUCGACCAGAAAUGUAAAGUGGCAUGUUUUCUUGGCCGGCCUCAUACUGGUUACUGCCGUCCUACGAUAAGCUUCCUUUGCUGCGCACAUACCCCUGUCCCACCGCCCGACAUUGCUUCAGGCCUCACAAAAUGAGGUUAUACUUAAUGACGGAGACCCCAUUACGCUUUCAGCUAAUGAGGGUUCCCUGCCCCCGAGUGUGACCAGUCUCAAGUUUCGUCAAAAAUUCCUCUGUCUUUGCUGUUGGCUAGCUUCGAAAUAACCCUGCCAUAUUGGCGCCUACUAGCUAGGUAGUUCGUUCUGCUUAAUAGACCAUUUUUCGGACAAGCUUUGCAAUCUUGAUGUUGUGGUAAUAGUAGUAUUGGUAGUGGUAUUAGUGGUAAGUUCGUGCUGACCGAGAAAACCACUAUCCUUUCGUUUCCGACAUGUAUUUGGUAAGUUACAGCUCAUUGUCUGUCUUUGUUUCCGUAUUCUGUCGUGAACUUGGUCGGUUGAGCUAGAAUAGACUUGGCUUUUGAAACGCAAGCAUUAGUUAGUAAGGACACUCCUGCAUCUGUCGUCUUUAAACAAAAAAACAGUGCUUUGCUCUAGUUUUCUAGCAUCAGAACAGCAAAUCUUAAGCUCUACUUGCCUGUGCAUUCAUUAUUUACAAGACAGACUCACACAGCCGAAAGCGUUAUGCCUACAAUACCUGGUCAUAAGGCCAGCUCUCAUGUUGUCUUGUUUCUGUCCCCUUCACCUUCAUACAGCAAACUACUAUCCGCGCGUUUUUUCUUCUCUCUACACAUUUAGUUUUCAUGAGUUUGAUGAAACUCUUCCUGUCAGAAACAGGUAGUAGCUGUGGUAGUUUAAUAUAACCAUGUUCUGUUGGUAUACUUGUCAUUAUUCCGCAACGAAAUGCCUGUUUUAUGCUUGUUUUAUGCGCCAACGGCAGUAGAAGCUUAAAUUCUGGCUCGUGUGAUUGCAACCUUCUCGCGCUUUGAUUGCCGCUACCUUAGAUUUGCUUUUGGCUAUCGUAAGGGUCACCUUUUCCUUUGUGGUCGUGUGAGGAGACUUAGCCACAGCUGCCGCGCCGGCUCUGUUGACCGCUGCGGCGACGGCGGCAGCGGCUAACAGGAAUUUAAGCACAAGCGGACUUUCAGCCUGUCUCCUUUAUCAACAUCCGCUUAGCCCUUUUCAGCAUUAUUUUAAAAAAACAAACCUUGUUAGGGAACAGUGUGCCACCUCAGGCGUGGGGAAAUCCAUAAUAUACACGAUAAAAUGGUAUUUUAACCACUCUACCCGUACGUGACACUCUUUACACCAACCAUAUUGAGUUUUUCUCCUCAUUCUGCCAAAGAAAGAAUACUUCGGCAGUUCCUUCACGUUUUGCUCAUAACGCCUCUUUUGGGCUCGUUUGCGGCGCACACCAAUAGCAAAAUCACAAUGGAGAAUGACUGGGAACCCCGUCUAUUCCACGAUUCGUGUUAGUUGACGCUUGACAACAGUUUUCUCCUUGUUCAUGUUUAAUUCGUAGCUGGCUCAUCUGGAGGCAAAAAAGCCCAGGCUUCGGCGCAUCUCCUCCUCAGUUGCGGCGUUUGAUACGCGGUCGUCGGCAAAAAGUUCCCAAGUCCCCGAGAUUUUCUUGAUAGCGUACUUUGGGCGGUUGCCUUCGGUUGGAUAGUUGAUGUCGAUUGCUGAUCGCUCCCCAUGAUAGGCGUCAAUCAGCAUUGUAGAGAAUGCAAGGCUGAAGAAAGUUAGGGCUGAUAAGCAACCUUGUCUCGGCGAACUUCUGUGAAGUGCACAACCAUGUCGUGAUAAAACUACCUUAGCGUCGGCGUAAAUCUUCUGGCGAAUCCGAUUUACAUCAUAGUCUUCCAAAUCUCAUUCCAGUUCGCAGUGUCAGGGGCCAUAGUAAGAUCUGCAAAAGUGACGUAUUGGUUGAUUUCCAUCUUCCGGAAAAUCUCCUGUUGUUGCGCUGCAAUUAUCAUAUCACUUAACACUAUCCCGUUCCUAGAAUUCACAUCGGACCUCUUGAAGAAGUCUUUGUUGUAGGUUUGGUCAGGUCCUUGAGGGGAAUGCGAAGGAAGAUUUUGCAGUCCAUUCGGAGAAAUGAGGUCCCACUGUGACUGCAGCGGAUUUUUGUAUUUGUUUUUUACUUGUACCUUUAUGCAUUCGUAGUGUCCUUGACGUUUUAUGAAGUUUGUUUUCGUCUCCACGUCUCUUUGACUAGUGAGGUUAGUUCGUCCAAAUGUCUACGGUCAGCAUAUUUGUAGACGUCUGCUGGAACUGAGUCAGCUCCGGGGCUUUUUCACUUGACACCUGCCGCGCUGUCCAGGUUCUUUUCGGACAGCGAACACUGGGUUUCUGUGUGGUUGUUUAACCAACCCCGGUGUUUCUGGAAUGGUGUAGAUGCGACCCGCUGUCUGUCCCAUGUAUUCUUAACUCCUCACCCUCAGAACCUGCUUAUCGUCUGCUUAGCAUCCACUCUACAGAUCAGACUUCCCUACGCUUGGCAAAGUCCAGUGUCACAGGGCUCAGCCUCUCCACCUCUACCAGCCCCUGAGAACAUCGUCGUACUUGAAUUUGCAUUUUACUCUUCAAGUUGGCUAGGCUGGGAUCGGUGCGCCAUUUGACGCUCCAUAUCACCUUUGUUAAAAGCGUGCGACGGCUGACAUGAGCGUUCAUGAUCAUGGCAUAAUUUUUUUGCCGAGGAAUGGAAGUCGUAUUACGAUGAAUUUGUUGUUAAUUGCACGUGAAAGAGAGGACAGAUUCCUGGCGUAAUUUUUAAUGUCAAAGACAUCACCUACAAUCUAAAAACUCACAUUCCAAACUGCGCUCCACAGCUAUGAUCGCCUGAACAAGUUACUUGAAGUCCCAUUUUCCUCGGGCACCUCUUGUGGCCUCUUCCCCCGAGCGAAAGUGAUAUUCACCUAAGUAGGCUACAUAGACGUCCCAGGCGAUUAUCAAAUUCCAAUAUAACUCGUGACAUGGUGUCCCACCGAGGAGUUGUUUGUUGCCCUCUCCAUGGGACCUUUUGAAGGUUGACGUUGGAGGUAACUGAGUGACGAAGACGACUUGGGUAUCACCGAUUCCACUCUGUCCUUUCUCUUGUUACUGUGAUCCGAGAGUGAAAUUACAUCAAAACGACUGGAAAUAUGGCCGGGCGCAAUGACUGUCUUGCCGUAGCUCUCUUUGCACCUGUCAUAACUCGAGUCCGCAGUUGGAAUGUUUGCUGGGGGUGUGGCCACCGUCCGGAGCACAGCAUUUUGGGGUUCCAUAUGAGGAUUGGGUUCCAGCUAGAGGCUGAACAAAGCGACCACCACGUAAAAUCUGGGCCCAUGCCGUGAUCUUUCAUCCUUAUAAAGAGUUCCGGUCUUCGGAAUACUUCCACGCAUAGGAACGUCCAUGGGUUAGGUGGUUACGAGAUGUAUCGAUUAUGCCAAUUUUUUCGUUCCGAAAACUUGCGGCCACUUUCAUUCCUGCUAAACAAGGUGGUCCUGGAUUAUACUACCGUUAUAUCAUAUCCAAUCCGACCUUCUCUUAACCGCCUUGAUUGCACCUGGUCAAUUGCUCUUAUGAUUUCCAAACGAGCGCUGGAUAUGUAGGUUCGUUUUGAUGGUUUUGGUAACCUUACUUUGAUCAUAUUAUUCGUUCCUGUUUUCAUCUCUAGCCCUGUCGCGUGGAUUACGAACUAAAGGUCUACGUGGCUGAUGAGGAGGACUGUCGGCCGCAGAAACGGUAACUCGCUUACCUGACUUUGUGAAUUUCGUGCCCUUUAGACUGCCCCUUUAUUGGGGUAUCGAGAGUUUCUGUCCCGUACCAGUUUGAAUGUGAUAGAGUGCUAUUGGGUAUCCUUCUUAAUUGCAAUAAUUUGCCCUUUCACUUCAAGUUCGCGCUAUAUUUGACUUUAUCCUUAAUGAAGCCAGCAGGUUCUGAAAGCCAUAACUUUGCUGCGGAUGAUCACGAUUUCACUCAAUCGCUAGCUGUUUCUAGGACCUUGGGCAAAUCUAGUAUUUUUAGGACGUUUUCACUUAUCGAACUUCCGAGAACGGCAUAUGAGGCAUGCUUUGGGCGUAUCGCCAUCUUCCAAAGAAAUAACUUACAGUCAAACCCAGUGGUUGGUGUUUUCAUAUAAAGUGCUUGUCAUUCUGAACACACGAGAGGAUGUCUUUGCCCCACUUAUCAAUUUUAUUGCUUUAUUUCCUACAGAAAUUCAGUGCGAAUGAUUGUAAGAAAGUUGACCUUUGCUCCAGAGGAGCCCGGGCCACAACCGUCGACAGAAGUCUCGCGCGAGUUCCUCAUGAGCGUCGGAUGUCUUCGCGUUGAGGCUACGCUUGACAAGCAGGUUAUUGCAGUAUCUCUUAUCAGCCGAAGUUUCUUGGUACCUUAGCGCUUUGCUUCAAACAUGCUGAUCCUUCGUGUGUGCUCGUACUAAAGCUGUGACGAGACGCCUGCAGUUUGCUUUAUUUGUCCUCAGAAUUCUCCCUGUUUUGGGACCUCUUAACCUUAUACGCCCUGCCCACUUAUCACCUUUUUCUGACCCUACCUUUGGGACAAGUGCUAGUUUCUGUGGCUGUGAAUUUGGGCAGUCAAUUCGGCAGAAUCGGCCACAGCAGGGGCAACCAAAGCGCCUCCAACUGUUCCCUCACACAGUUGACACUUCUUGCCCAUCAACAUGUGGCGACGGCCGAACCAAAAAUCCCAGCGUAUGCGUGCCUGUUCGAAAGUUCGCUCGUAUACAGGCGUAUCAACUGAACGACGGGAUGUUUAUAAUUCAAGACCUUUGUCUAAUGGUCUGCCAGCUCCUGACCGCCUGAGAGUCUGACGGUGGGUUACCAGACAUUAAGCUGACCGACGCAGCCGUCGCUGUGACAGAUUUCAGAUACUCUGAAAGGUCAGACUGCACACGUUGGUCGGACCAGAAAUGUCUUUGAGGUGCUAGAUAAAUUGACGUUUUUUAGACGUGCCAGCAUUCGGGUCAUCCUACUACUUGUGCGUUUUCCUCAUUAUCACUCAACGUUGGUAACAGUAACGUCUGCAGAGUAGCGCGAUCGGUGAGGGACCUUCUACCAGCAGUUGUGUUUGCCAGACUAUAGGCAGUUGUCCACCACUACACUUGAGGGAGUUGUGGGCCUAUCGUGAAAAAUAAAACAACCGGCAGCUGACGGUUAACUCUUGCUCAUAGGUUUCUUAUCGGCCAAUUUUGUCUGUUUUCAAAACCCCGCGUGGGCGUGAUCGUCCUUCUUACCAGGAAUCCCCGUGUCGUUAUCGUUGGUGUACUAUUGCGACCUAGAAUAACUUUAUUAACUGCCGGAACGAGGGAUGUUUAUCCCCUCCAUAACACGAGUGUCUACUUCAGCCCCAGACAGAGGUGGUCAUGGAGGUAAUGCCAAUCUAAAUUAAGCUCUUUGGCGUGUACUAAUGCGAAUGCUAAGGACAUCUUCGUAUUGAAAUUCCCUGGCAAAUGGCGGCGUCCCCCUCCCCCCCCCCUCCAACUUAUUCUUGUCUGAUGGAAGUGGUAUUACAUUAAAAUAUACGUUUAUAAACGCGCCGUUUGACGCUUUCGACCGUUCAGCAUUGUUAUUCGGGACGAAAUAGCUCCCGAAAAGUCUGAAGGCGCACUCUAAGGUAUCCUUCAUCUUCAGCCUGUGUUUAGCAUAUGUCAUGUAGACAAACUAGCCUCGAUGUCUCGCAUAAGCCACUUAAGAAAUAGUCGUUUAAAAGCUCCAACAGCCGGGUAGUAUCUAGAUCCUUGGACUGCACCCCGAAUUAAGGACAACCGCGUCUUUAAGCAAGUCUGACGGUACAGUUGGGAAAGUUGCCAUCUUUCGCGUCGUUGGCUGGACACCCAUUAAGGCACCCGGUGCACCAGGGACGGCGACAGUUUUGUACUACCUUUCGUGAUGCGUUUUAAUGAAUCACUGAUGGUUCGUUCUAUUGUCGAGCUGAGGAUGCAGUGAGGGCUAUACUGUCAAAUUACUUGUAACCAGCUGAUCGUUUAUGUGACUCAAAAUAUCUAAACUGUCUUGUCGCACGCAAGUUUCUCUUCUCAAAUAAAAUCUGUACGUUUUCUCUACACCAUAUUAUGCCUAAUUCCUUUGCCGUCAUCUGAAAGAAAUAUUAUCGUGACUGGCAGACUUUGACAGUAGGCAUCUCAAUCCCUCGUCAUGAUUGUUUCACCAUUCAUAUCCUCUUGACAUCCAGGCUAAAUGUCUAUGACAGACCGUUUACCGAGCUACGCCGAGUUUUACAGUUUCACUUUUUUGCCGGCUUCGCCUACCUUUUCAUUUUUUACUCUAACUGCAUGGUACGCCCGCACACCACGGUCAACCUUAUUUAUCUUUCCGUUCAGAAAUACUACCACGGCGAGUCCAUUGCGGUAAACGUCUUGGUCGAUAAUAAUUCAAUGAAAACGGUCAAGCGGAUAAAACUCCUUGGUGAGUGUCCACUUUCUGCCAGUUCGCCGUUUGCAUAGCGGCCUGUUGAGCGGUUGUUCCCACAUUAAUAACGCCCAAAAGUAGUCCGUUAAUGAAGUUUGUAUGCACAUAUCCUUAACGUAUAAGGGUAAUGUCACGUACAGCAGUUGGUCAAAAGCCUGCUGUUUGAGAAUAGAUUCCAGCACGGAGCAUUUACCGGUGUAGCGGGUUCUUGGACGUUCUUUCCAGUGCACAUAGCCGUUUGGGUCAUAUUUGUAGACUUACUCAAAUAUGAAAUCUUAUUGCCGAGAGAAAUGAGCGUCUACAACGGAUGUUGGCAAUGAAUGUGCCUUAGAUCAACCAAAAGACUUUCUCUAAUAAGUUACCUUUUUGAAAAAAAGAUUUCAUUAGGUAUUUCACCGACAAACUUCGGCGUAAUUUACCUUUUCCCAAGAUUAAGCCAAGAUAAAAACUGGGUCGCUUGAUCGGCUUUCCACUUCCUUGAAAAUUAUUGAUAAUGCCUCUGCGACAAGUAAAAAGACUCACUUUCCCCUCUAUAUUGGAGCCUUUUUUGUAUAUUUAUUUCCCUAUAGUCUCCGUUCUAAGAUUGUAAAUGCACAGCUGGGUGGCCGUAUAAAUAGUAAGAUAUUGUGAAAACUGCUAAUCUUCUGCCUGUUCGUUUUAUAAAUAGCGCACUAGCAGAUAUCUAGGCCAUACAAAAAGCAUUAUACCGUAUGCUCCAAAGUUGACAUUGCCAUUUUGUGGGGGGCCUUUCCGCGGUAAGUUAUUAGGUAUUUGCAAAUAGCAGCAAAAUAGCAGAACGUUUAAAAAAGGAAUGUCAGUAAGCUUUAUUACUGCGUUUUAGGGUAUGAAAUCACACAGAUUUGCAAAUCUGACCUUAACAUCUGUAAUGUCUGGUUCUCUAAAAAUAACCAGCUUGCUUAAACCUUGUUUUAUCUGAUUUACUUGGUGAAAAAAGUCACUUUUCGGCUGCGGUAAGUUUCGUUUGGUAAAACUCUCGAGUUUAGGCUACUCUCCUUUUAUAGAAAAUACGCUCGGAUGCGCAAACUUAGUCUAGGAUAGCUAUUAGCAUAGGAAACCUCCGUAACAGAAAGUAGCAUAGAAUUCCGCUCAAAUUUGUGAACAUUUUUCUGAUGAAACUACUUAUAAACAUUGUGCACACAAAAAAAGACAUUUGCCGGAAUAAUCUAGACAAAUAAUUAAAAUGUGCAGCAUUUUAGUUGAUCGUCUCAGUUUCCGUCAUUACAUUUCAUGAGUUAGAUUGCAUACUGUAUGGUCGCAAUCCCAACUUUAUUUACUUUAUACUACUCGUCUCUUCCACGUUUAACAUUACUAAUCAUAAUUCACCUGUGUUCUGCGAAGGAGUUUACUUCCGCAAGCGCCGACAGUGUGCAGCAAUUAAACCGCAAGUCUUCCUUCAUUUCCUGCUUCCUACACCGCGUCUUUAGGAAAUGGGGUACCCCUCGAUAGCGUAAUUUUUCAUCAUUCAGUUUCCUUUAUUUCCACUCGCUGCUUACAUUGGAAUUUUGCAGCCUCAGUAGAACGCACAUCCUCCGCAUUAACUACCGUCAGGGCGGAUUCAGUCCUUGAUUGUCCUUCCCACGCUGGAAAUUUUCUCAUUUGAAAGCCGAAAUUUACGAUUUUGAUGACUACUGUGUAUUCGUCUUUCAGUUCGUCAGUAUACCUCGAUUUGUCUUCCGAAUGCCAAUCACUACAAGUGCAACGUGGCGGAGCUUCAGUCAGAGUAAGUCCUAUUCUCUAUGUACAGUGGUUCAAAGCCUUUUCCAGAUGUAAUUAUGUCAGGUUAUCAUUUUUCGUUCAGAGGGUUUUUGGUCGUCCUACAGUGAUGGACAUCCUCCAAAAUUCGACCAUCUGAUUCAGUCAUUUAUCAAUGUCAUUCUCUUUAGUUUCAUAUACCAGUACUAAUUGGAAACUUGUCUCCUUGUCAGCCAUGCAUCUGUAAUGCACCCGAAUUAACAUGCGGGUGUUAUUUACUAUCGGAAUUUUUUGCUCACUUAUCUAAGUGGUUGGAUGUGUUUGUUGAUGGUCACGGGCGAUAAAAUGCGCCCUGUUAUUGUUUGUCAUCAGUUGUCUUCUCUAGAAUCGUCAGUUCUGGCCAAUUUCCACAUGCCAAAAACGGUGAUUCAAUCGGAAAUCAUUUCUAUCCCUGGAUGCACACCUAUCCAGCGCGUUACUUUUGUCCAUUCUUUAGUGAGGGCUUCCCGAUUUCCCCAAGCCAGACGGGCUGGUGCAAGAUCUACCGCCUGUGCCCAUUAUUGGCUAAUAACCGCGAUAAGCCAGGGCUCGCUCUUGACGGUGACCUAAAGAAUGAGGACACCAAUCUAGCCUCCUCUACUAUGUAAGUAGAUUUGUAUUUAUCUUCGACCGAAAGUAAUUUUGUCCUUCACAAGCCGUUACCCUUAGCGCUUAUCCCUUUUCUCCGUUUACGCCAGGGCUUCACCAAAGUCUUCCCACGAGCCAAUGGGUAUUGUUGUUCGAUACAAAGUGAAAAUACGUCUUGUACUCGGAUUUGGGUUAAGGUUCGUUAUUAUUUUGCUUGCGUGCGAUCUUAUAUUUUUUCGGAUUUUGAUAAAGUAUCCUCGGUGGUUGGAUUUUUUUAAAAGACGGACCUCCCCUGUGUGGCUCUCCACUCUAACCGUGAUAUUUAUCACUGAUCAUCCUCGGCUGAAUUACACGAAGGUCGAAAUGUUGGGAAAAUAAUGAACAGUCAGAAACACACGAAUACCACUGGCUAUACGUAGACAUAUUUUUUAAAGAAACCUUCCCACUAUGGCAGAUAACAAAUUUUUCUCCAUCUGGAGUGCGUAUCAUGUCGUGUGCAGAACGCGUGGGCGGGCUGCUUAGCUUUUUAAGCCCUUGCGCCCAAUCCUAUCGAUAGUUCGGCCGUCAAGUUCGACGAUGUCCACCGUGUGCUUCACAGCAAGGCGAUGCAGGGACGGUAACUUGCGCGUGAAUUAGAGUGAUUGUAGACUUGCACAGCAUCUACCUCGCUCUCUUUUCACUCCCAAACUGGAACCGGUUUCGAAACAGAGCCAAGGAGACCGGAAAUGGGGAGAGGGCGCAGGUGGCUCGCACGGCCGGAACCGCACCUAGGCGUGCCACCACCCUCGUCCACACAGAAAAUGACCAAGAUUUUUCGCCAACAACAACAACACCCCAACAGGGACCAGAACGACAAGGGUGACUGGGCACCCACCUGUGCACCUAGCGGGAGCUCAAACGCUUCUACCGGCAGGGCACCAGGUGUCAGGGAACUGCCAGCGCAUACCAGGCUGAGAGGGCCAUGGUUUGCUGAUACUGGCGUAGCACACGCCUACAGACCUUUUGACUUAAACGGGUGACACGUGGUCCUGCAUACAGCCUGGACCGUCAGCCUUCAAGGUUAGGUAAACAAACAGUCUUCGACUGAGUCGUCGACUGAGAGGCACUACCCAUAAAGUAUAUAUAAUCUCCUCACAUACAUGAGUGUCACAGAUCGCUGGAGAAGGAUCCGUUUCAGCCUAGCUCUCAGCUCACGAGUUUGCCACUCCACACAAACACACACAACUGGACGGACUGCGUGAACUGAGUUGGGGCGUCAGUCGCCUCCCUUCCGAGCCACGGCGCUCGACGCACCGUCUUCGUCUCAGAUUCCGAUCACACAUGCAGCAGGAGAGCCGCAGGGAGAAGGAGCCGUGACGCACUCAUCCCAUUUGCGUGGGGGGUGACAGUUUAGUGCUUGCGGUGGGUGAUUUUGAUGUUCAUUGAGUUGCUGGUGAGGGAGGAUGUUAUGAUGUGGUGCAGUCGGUGGUUGUCUAUCGUAGGUUUUCGUGGAUGCGCAUGUGGCCUGCUAGACCCAUGCGGUAAAUAGAUGUGCGAGUGCAAUGUGGACAGUGAAGGCGGAUGCGGUGAAUGUCGGUUGAUGCUCCAGGCCCUUCUUCGCCGGUCUGUGCGAUAUAUUCGCAAGUGACCGAUUAGGCCGAUGCGUGAGGUGGGUAUGCGGGGAUAGUGUGGGAAUGAGAGGUCGGCGGUGUCGGUAUCAUAUUUGGCGGUAGAGGUGGUGGUAUUGGUGGGCACGCUGGGCAAUGGGAUGUGGGUUGGGUUGAGCAUGGUAGGCGUGUAAGAUGUACUGAGUGUGGCGGAGCUGGUGUCGGUGGGCGCGCUGGUCUGCGGAGCGUGGGCGGAACUAGGCUUGGUGGGUGUGCGGGGUGUCAGGGCUGCGGUCAGUUCUGCUCCCUUGAAUACGCAUUUGACCGAAUAGGCCCCUGCGGUUCAUGAAUGUUCAAGGACAGUGUGGACAGUGGUGGCGAAUGCGGCGGGUGUAGGUUGGUGCUCCAGGCACUGGUUCGGCAGUCUCCGUGCGAUGAAUUCGCAAGUGACCAACCAGGCCGAUGUGUGAGGUGAAGGUGCUAUCGCAAUGAGGACAGGUAUAGACCGGGUCCUCACCACUGAUGUGCCAGGAUUGUGCGUCAUGUUGGUGAUGGUGUCAUGUAGGUGUGCCCAAUCCUAUCACUAGUUAAUUGGCAGACUCGGGUAGUCGGAUUGCGCAUGAAGGAUGUGAGAUAGAAUGAGACGGACACUGAGAUAUUUGUCAUCACUGAAAUGUAGCGCAUUCCUUUCAGCCGUAAGCCCGAAUCGCUUAAAUCUACCGCGAUACGCCAACAGUUGUGGCUUGGAAUGCCGCCAAUUGAAGGAAUAACGUGGCCCUGCUUAGGGCUAAAGGCCACUCCUCAGCGACUCCCUCAUAAUGUGGUCCUUAAAGGACUCACAUCGAUCUGCGAUCCGAGCUGCCCAUACAGUGGCCUUGCGCACGUAGUGUGGAUCGGUUCGUGUGUGACUGCCUCUGACGGGCUUAGCAUUGUCAGCUACUACACCCGGGUCCAACUCCGGUCGUUUUCACAUUCUUUUGCCGUUGAAGAGAGGCAAGUGAGGGAGGAGAGAGUGAGGUGGGUGCUGCGAAAGUCUGCCUCACUAUAAAUGAAUUCGUGUGCAAGCCACCAACUCUGCGCCUACUCCGUGGGACACUCGAUGGAGGUUGUUACUUACGACAGUCGGAGUGUCGUACGGGAACGCCCACCAUCCUCCCAAUGAUGACCCUGCGGACACCCUUCCAGCCUGCCCUCAUUGUGGCCGCACUUUCAAAUCACGCAUCGUCCUAGCCGGUUACUUACUGUUCUGUCGUGAGCCAGUAAACCAGCGCGUGGAGUCCCGACCCGCCCAUGCUUGGGUCUUUGUGGCCAAAUGCGCACUUAGAACGGCAGGACCCAACUCUGCAAAUAACAGUUCCACCCCCAACAGCGUCGCCACUACCACCAGUUCCGUAGGCAGUUCCGUAAUGUCCUUACUGUCAUUGUAAACUUGAGUUGCCGUUUCCUUGUCAGAAGUGGACAUCUGGUGGUCUUUGAUUGCCUUAAGGUGCGCAAACAUGCAGUCUUGCAACUGGAAAUAUUUUGGUUUUCCCUACCUAGCACACCGGUCUUUCUGUCAAUACUUCGGUAGAUUGUGCGUCUUAAGUUGUCCUUUUUAUGCGGUGAAUCUAAUUUCCAAGUCGCCUUCCGAUAAAAUAUGUUCUAAACAAUAGAAAAUUUCAUUUCUGCACAAAAAGGAGUAGUGUCUUUUAAAAUCGAUUCAUUGAAGCCAGAUUUUUCCCUCUGCCAAAUACCUGAAAUGUGUUCACCAAAUCAAGUUUUGGUUGGCCUUCUCCAAGGAAACUUUUGUCUUUAUGCACAUUUCUAGAAACAGAUGAGAAAGCUCAUGCUGACUGUGUAGGACCGUUUUGGGAAACAUCGUCUUAAGUGACUUUGGGAAUCUUAAAUUGAGAUCCAUUGUGCUGCUACCUGUCUGAUUCUUGAGGUUAUAUCCCGUACAUUUGCCUAUUCCUGCCAACUUGGAAAAUCUUUGCUAUCCAUUAACAUCAUUUGCUGCUUUAUGAACCAUACCGUACGUUGCUCUCGGCCUGUUGAGCUAACUCAAUGAUAACUAGCCUCUUUUUGCGCCCGGAACCUAUCCUACGCACGCAAACCCCGAAGUAGGACCUGAUUUCUGUUUUCGUAAUGGCGUUCAAGCCACUCUUUUCCUACUCUCCUUCCACACAGGAAUAUGCUUGAGAUACGCAGCAACUUCUGUCAAGUGUUAAUUUGGCCAAUCUGUUCCUUUUAUAGCGACGUCUGCCUGGAAUUGCCCUUCAUUCUUACUCACCCGAACUGCGAGGCCAGCAUGACGGAAGACCAUCUGGACCAGGAGUUCCAUUUCGAUUGGUUUGACGCGAAGAAUGAAGAGUCUACCAACCACGCCCACUCCGCGCCCAACAGUUGCGUCGGCGAUGAUAAUCAAAUAGAUCCUGGUAUCGCAAGAACAAGUAUUUUUUCGCACUCUCUGGCGCCUAUAAGUGUGCGCAAACCGCCCCUCACACAGUCUGGUGCACCGCAGAUGGGCGUAGCGGUGCGUACACAGGCCGCAUUGAACGCAUCACCGCCUGUGAGCGAUCCUCCUCCGCUCAAAUUCGCUGGAAAGCCAUUGCCGAACCAACACCUUUCUCUACAUCAAGUUACCUCGGAGGAUGUCAAAGAUGCGGGUGGUAGUGGUGGAGCGGGCAUCCGAACGGAACCGGCCACACCGACUGGUCACAUAGCAGGCUUCCUGCGCGCGAUGGAUGUUGGUCCCUCUAGCCAAUCGCAAGGUUUUGCUGCCUACUGUUAUUUGCCGUCGACACGCUUCCCAUCCACCUUUGCUCUCUCCGAUUUUCCCAAUUUUUCGCCUACAGGAAUCUCUCCGUCUUUUAAUGGGUAUGUUCGAUCCCAUCGAAGGAAGAUGGAUUUGUCACUAAGUUCCACUUCCCUCCUUUAACCCUUUAUUUUGUUAUAUCCAAAAAAUAACUGCAGUAUCGCUGCCGGACUGGCCCCAGUGAGAGCCAGUCGGGACUCGUGAACACGACUCCAAACAACAUCGUUUCCGGUGAUACCGAACGUUCGACAACACAUACCAAUCUUUCAGUAUUCAAUCAUCGCUUAGCCACCACCGGCAAUCUUUGAUAGACGAUAGUUCUCACGAUGGUCGAAAUCCGGCUGCUCUUUGUACAUUAGUCCUGAACUUUUUUGGAUGUACCUGAGAAAAACCUGACUGCCACUUGGUCUCGUAGACAGGAUUUUAUGGUCCCCUGAGGAUUUUUACCCCACCUCACUUCAAUGACCAUGGAAGAAUUCUUUGCAUGAUGACGCUGCCGGGAACUUAUUGGUUGAUCACAGUUCAGUUGGCAGAGUAUUAUCGGCCUCUGGUUAGUUGCGUGUAUACACUCCGUUCAUUUUGUGGCAUUGUAUUAAAUCGACAGUGCGCAUUCGCCUCGCUGGACCUAGGUCGUCACAGACUGAUAUUGGUUGCCAAGCCAGCCAGUUCGUGUAGGUCUUCCGGGGUGGCCGUCUGCGAGUGGAUGAGUGUUUUAUGCUGCGGUCAGACCUUAUAGGCGAACGUCAGUUGCACUUACUGUCAAUAUUACAGACCUUAAGCCCAUAGCAUUGCGGCAGAGCUUCUGACCUCAAUCCGCCUCGAAACGGUGCGUUAGGGCUCAAUUGUGAGGUCGUUGGGGUUUGCAUAUGACGUCUGUCUGCUCUUGGAUAACGUGUAAGCCAGAUAGGUUUCCACAUUUCCCGUUAGUCACUGCUCCUCGAUUCCAAACGAUCAUCUGCGAAGGCCAUGGUUCGGCUGGUUAGCUCCAGCUGUCCUUUUCUAGUUUAACCCUUAAUUGCAGGUUUCUUUCUUUGUGUUUUCGCCAAUGAAGACUUUGAAGACCGGGGCAAAUAUUUCUGGCUUGGCCGAGUUAGUUUGUCGUGCUGGUUGAUUGUCGGUCCGUCGACUGUAAAUUUACUCUCUUUAAUCCACCCUCUCGCUCAGAUCGGGGUUUCGUGUCCUGUAUCAGCUCGAAUGCCUGCCAACGUAUGUUGCAUAGGAUGAACCUGCAAUGGCCUGUCGCCUCUCCCAGUCCAUUUACUUUAUUUGUUAACGCUCCUGCCAACAGCUACAAUGGUCGUUGUUGUCCUGCAUAGCAUCGAUGAUAUGUGCAUAAAUUAAAUUAUAUUGGGGAGACUUGCAUCAAUACCAUCCCGUUUCUUCCUUAUCGUGUUCAGUUUAAAGGAUUUGGCCAGUGCAACUGCAGGCGCGUUUGAGCGCAGGUAUAACUUGUCAUAUUGUUCUAUACCACGGCUGCUCUCUGCCAUGUCCGAAGCAAGCCUCACACAGAUUCACCCGGUUCCCCAAAUUAACUUCUGUCUACCUGCCGAGGCAACUGCCCGGUUGUGAUGCGUACACUCAACAGCCUUGUGGACUUAUGGAUGUGAAUAGAAUGACCGCUUCGUGCACCUUGACAUUUGUCACUAUCAUCACUUCAUCGGCAUAGUUGCUGUUUCUGCCGUCCACUCCCAAUACAGAAGGCCUAACUUUGGAAACAAGGUGUUCAGGAAUCAGCCCAAGGAACUCGAACCGAAAACAGUUUACGCGAAUGCCACUGACUUUGAUCCGAUGUCAUAUCCGCUAGUCUUUUCCCCUAUACUUUGUAGGAACCAGAUGCAGCAGUUGCGAGCUGGCCACCUUCAUGCACUACGUUAUGCCAUGAUCCGCCGGACGAGGCCACCUCGGGCUACGUUAAAGGGACGACUUCCUUUGGUACCUAGGGCGAUACUGAACGCCUCCACCCACCCUGCGGCACUCUAAGUUGGGAUUUGAAGAUUAAGCCGAACAAUGUGGACUGAAGACCACCUAUAUUGUAGUGGGCAAUAUUGACCACGUCGUAGUGCUGAAAUGGCUUGUGACCUUUUUAAAAAUAACCUAUUUGCCAAUUCAAUACCUGGCCACACCCGCAAGUACCGCAUGUUUGGCGAUCUGAGACUGCUUAUUUCGCAUCGCGCCUUCUCGAGGCCAACGAGUGGGUCCUGUCAUCCCACCACGGCUAUAUUAACCACGUUAUUUAAAAAGAUGAUUCUACGCCUGCCUGUUUAGCUGCAGUCACUGAUGCUGCUUCUUUUUUAUUUUUUUCGGCCACCGACAUUGGAUGUACUGCGUUGCUUACUUUCGCUUAGGCUGUAAUACGUCUUCAUUCUGCAACCGUUUGCUAAUCGGUUUUUGAGAUGUAAAGCUGUCUUUCGCAUGAGGAUUGACCUAUUGACCCCGGCUAAUGUAGCAGGUCUUUUGAUCAACAACGACCCUUCCAGCUCGCGGUUUUUGCCGAUGCACCCGUGUCAGUCAAGUUGACGUCAACUGUUCAUCCAGAGUUUAUGUGUGUGCGCCUGAAUAAUUUCCCAGGGCAGAUAAAUUUGCCUGAAAGGUAGGCUUCAUACCGAUAGAGGGGUUGCAAUUCGCUGUUUCUGGCUACAUUUCCUGAGAUCAGUGCUGCCAAAGGGUGUGGUUGGCCACCCAAAAUGAUCAGCUGUAAAAACAACGACAUUCCACCGAUGAUCCAGCAAACUUGCUGAUUUGUGAAGCAAGCAUAAAGACAACCGUAUCGACUUCCUGUGCAGAGGGGUUCGUUGUGAGUAAACUAAUUAACUCGUAAUUAUCAUGUUCGCCUUAACAGUGGGAAAAAUCACUUAGAGGAAUGAACUAGUUGGUCUCAGCCAAUCUUGGUAUCGGAGGGCGGUAUUGUUGUUUCCUUGGAUGCUCGAGAACGCGCUCAGAUGUUGUACGAGUGCCCCGGUAAGGCGUCUGGGGUAGACUUACUAGUGCGCACUUCGGUUUUCUAGGCGGCCCCUAAUGGCAGGUACAGUUGAUUUUCGACGGCAGUGUACUGGCAAAAUACCCCACCAUCUGUUUUUACCCCAUCUGCGUGCAAAGUGAUUCUUCAGGAUAAUGGUGCUGAUUAUCGGGUCGUUUCAGACAAAAGUAAUUAUGCAGCCAUGCCUCCAAACUAUUUUUCACCUUCCUUAGUUCGAAGGGUUUUGGCCAACCCACUCUACCCGUAUCGGAGUCGAGGGCAGCCUUGCGUUCCUUCCCCAGCUCUGCGGGUCCAAAUACUCCUACUCAGAAGCUUGCAAGUCUUGGCCCCUCACCACCACGCCCUCUCUUGCUGACGCGUCAGUUGGGCAACACUGAUGCCGCCUUGCCUUUAUUACCUCUUGGCCAGAUGGGCCCUAACUGUAACACCAACAACGGCAGUAGUGGUGUCCUUGCUACUUCCGCCGGCAUCCUCACCGACACCGCCGGCCCUGCAUCCCUCUUCCAUUUACCUGUGGUGCCUUGCAGCCUCACUCCGAAUGCCCCUCAUCCCUCGCGUACCGUUCAAAGUGUGACUGCCAGCACUGGGGCUUUUGCUACAACCUCUUCCUCGGCCCUCCCCGCCUCCAGCGAAGAUGACCUCAUCUUUGAGGAUUUUGCCCGCCUUCGUCUGCUGAGUCAUCAGCCGCUCUCGGGUGGUCAUGCUGCCUUUUUUCCUGCCCCCGACCCACUCUCCUUGCGAACUGAACCCCAUUAA